AUGGCGGUCGAUUUCGCGAAGUCACAGAAGGCGCCCAUGCUUCCCAUCGAUCUCUCGGAGGACUUCAUGUUCGCCUUACGGAAGUUCUGCGGCACCUACGGCAACAAGACCAUGACCCAGCCUGCCCUCAAGAUGCUUCAGCCGAUACCACGCGUCCACUCUGCUCUAGCAGUCAAGGAGGCAGACAAGAUGUCGGCAGCACAGCGAAACCUGGCAGCGUCAAAGUGCAUGCAAGAGAUCGCGGUUCCUGGUUUCAAGCUGAUCGAGCACGCCCUGAGCACCAUGGACGGGCCGCUGCAGAUGCCUCACAAGUGAAAGGACAUGGUGUACUACACGACCCUUGGUUCAGGUGUGUAUCUAAUGUGGCUACAUCAAUUCGCUACACGUACCGAAGACUCAUGUUGUGUUGUGCUGCUCGUGUGAUGGCACGCCCGACCAUCAUGUGGAAUGUAGCAAAUAGUUGCAACGGCAUUUUUAAAUUUGAAUUUGAUGCAGACGUACUCACGAACACAGCAGUAGAGUAGGCAUGCCAUGGGAGUGAAAGGACGCACUUGCGGGCCUAUUCUGUCCACCGAAUGAGAAAUACAGGUGCUGUGGGAGAGGUCGAUUGGACCGGAGCUGGCAUUUUGGCAUGUUCGACGCACAUAUAUUAUCUGAAGAAGAGUGUGGAUAAUUUUGAUCGAGCAGUUGCAGGUGCACCACGUGUGGUGUUCGUGAGUGGCAGUACCAGCGAUCCACCUGCCACCUGCUAUGUUGAGGAUUAUGGAUAGUUCUAGCCACCUUUUGCAACACGGGUUGGAGUCGGGGUUCGUUUUGCUGGCAAGAGCAGUAGUGGUAUUCGCGAAAGCUUUGCUGGCAACAGCAGUAGUAUUCGCGAAACCAUUCACCUCCCUCCAACGGUGUCUCCAUGCAUGCAUGUGGUUAUGGUUUGCGGCCGAUGCGUGUUAGAUGUCUGGGCGUGACUCUCUGUAAAAGGGGAAGUCUAAGGCAUGAGCCUCCGGGGCGUCUGCGAUUUGUUUGUGGGUGGAGACGCAGACAGACACACACCGACACCACCCGCAGCAGCAGCAGCAGCAGCAGCAGCAGCGGAAACAGCACUAUUAGUCGACAUCACCUCUGCUUCUAUAGGCAUUCCAGCCCCGAACGAAUUCGCUGCCAUGCCUGAAUCAGAGGCAUGAGGGCACACGUUGACGACACGUUCACCACGAGACAAGGUGGUGCUCAGCCUCCAAAAACCCACACAAAUAGCGGACUUCCUCUCGCUGCCACACGCGCUGUUGCCGUUUGAAAUGUAUCGCAGGCACCUCCAAGGCGAAGACCUUCAUGGAGAAACCGUCGACCGCCCUGACCAAGUUCAAGAGCUACAAGGCCGAGUACACGAAAUUGUGGCUCUGGCUUGACACGUAAGUUUUGCGGGCAAGUCGGAUUCUCAGCGCAGCGUAUUUCCCUCUCUCGUGGCGUCGCACACUCCGAAAACCGGGAGACGAAAGCAAUGCAACCCUCAUUUCGUGUGUGGCAAACAAGAUUGACGGUGCUUGACGUGAGGAUCUUCGUAAAAUCACGAGGGUUCUGCAUGCCUGUGUUGGUCAAGCAUGUGUGUGCGUGCGUGUGUUUGUCGUUAAGUACUCUACAUAAAACGGGAGGAUGAAGACACAAACACACACUUUCAUUGGUCAGCCGG